UGUUUAGUUGGCGGAAAUCGUAAAACGUUCGGGCAGGCUAACCAAAAAACAUUUGGCAGUUUUAAUUAGUUUUAAUUAUCCUUACACGGAUGCGCUCGUGCUCAAAGCGGAAACGGUAUUCCAUUAUCGAUUGGGAGUUCAAAAAUCGAAUAUUGCUGGAUUUUUUUUCGCGUUCGCGUUCGGCCCCGGAGGUUACCUGUCCGGUAGGAGGCCACCACUUCGCUAGGGACUAUAUAAUUACUAUAUUACCGCCGUUAUAGACAGUCUCUAGGUGCAUGGUGGUGCAUAUUAGGUUCGGAACAAGCCGGUACGUGAUUGGAUUUGAAAUCGCAAAUUACUGACAUUGAGGUUGGCCGAGCUAAGGCUGGAUCGAACAACUAAGUUCGAGAGACUUACGCUGUGCGUAUGUUCUAUAUUUUUUUGCGAGCUGAGCUGUAUGUAGUUCCGAGAUUAAACAAUGUGCCCUAAUUAGUGGAUGAGUGAUUUUGAAGAUAUUGUUACAAUGAUUGAUCUGAGAAGAUUUUGUUUUUGCCUGAGAUUGUGUCUGUGCGUGUAGGUCGAUCCAAUGUGAUCUGAUUCACUAAAUAUAAAUUUAAUAAGUGCGAUUAUCUUGUCAAAUUAGUGAUCACGUUUUGUUCCCAAUUGUUGGUUGGUGCCCAAAGUGUUAAAUAAUUGGUAACACGUAUGCAAACUGGCUCGUAAAAUUUUGCCAUAAUAGCUCCCUUGAACUGACAAUUGGUGGAAUUUAAAUUCUGUCCAAUUCAUUGCACGUUAUUCGAUUGCAACUAUGUCGCUUUCAGUCGCUCUCUGAAAGAGCUACUGAUGGCCCCGAUUGUGUCGGGUGUAAGGCAUCUUGAAGGAAAAAUCAGUGCAUAUUUAAACCCACAAAGGAGAUAAUAAUCAAUCGAGGAGAAUUCAAACUUUGCCAGGAAGGCACCGGAUGACGCAGCUGCCCGUGGAAAACGAACCACGACUACCGCACGUUACGGGAUACAAUGGCUCACAAAACCGAUGACACGUUUAUGGUCGUCAGCAUUUGCCUGGCCGCCGGAAUAGUCAGUUUCGCGCUCGUGUACUUUGUAAGGAAAUACUUCCAAGGUGGUCAAUUCAAGAACAAAGACAUACGACUAGAUGCAAAGGUUGUCAUCAUUACCGGUGCAAAUUCAGGAAUCGGAAAGGAAACUGCCAUCGAAUGCGCCAAACGGGGUGCCCGCGUGUACAUGGGCUGCCGGGAUGUAAACCGCAUGGAGAAAGCCCGCCAGGAGAUUCUGGAUAAAUCCGGCAGUCAGAAUGUUUUCGGUCUUGAACUGGAUCUGGCUUCGCUCGAAUCGAUCAGGAAGUUCGUUCAAACUUUUCUGAGCAUGGAGCGAAGGCUGCACGUACUGAUCAACAACGCAGGGGUGAUGGCAUGCCCGAAGGGCUACACCAAGGAGGGGUUCGAGUUGCACUUCGGUACCAACCAUUUGGGACACUUUUACCUAACCAAUCUGCUGCUGGAGCUGUUGAAAAAGACAGCACCCAGUAGGGUAGUGACCGUUUCCAGUCUCGCUCAUCGCUGGGGACGAAUUAACAAGGAUGAUAUUAACGCGGAGAAAGAUUACCGGGAGUGGGAUGCGUACAUGCAGAGCAAACUGUGCAACGUUCUGUUCUCAAGGCAUCUGGCUCGAAAGCUACGAGGAACGGGUGUGAAUACGUACUGUUUGCAGCCGGGAAGGACUAGUACGGAGCUGACACGGAAUCUCAAUCGGUGCCUGAUGAUUGUAUCAAAACCAAUUCUCUGGGUAUUCUUCAAGUCGUCCAAAUCUGGAGCUCAGACAUCAUUAUAUUGCGCCAUGGAACCGUCGAUUGCGGGCCACACGGGAAAGUACUACAGCGAUUGUGAGCUUAAGGAUCUGGACCCACACGCGAAGGAUGAAAUGAUGGCUGAGUGGCUUUGGAAAAUUAGCGAAAAAAUGACCGGACUGAAUCAUCGAUAAACAAUGAUGCACUAUAGGAGCACCGUUAUCCUAUGAUUCUAAGGCAAUUUGCUUACGGCAGAUUACAAAAACCUAAUUCAAGUCAAUCGCAUGCAAAGGGGCUCCCGCUGUGCUGGGAAUGAUUGCAGAUGCAAAGAUUGAUUGUGUUUACUAGCGUUAAGUAAAUUAAAGUUCAUGAAUA